GGGGGUCAUGGUGCACCAGUCAUUGAAAGUAGGCAUGCAAGUGCAGCAGGCAGUGAAGAAAGCGAAUGAUAUGUUAGCAUUCAUUGCAAAAGGAUUUGAGUGUAGGAGCAGGGAGGUUCUACUGCAGUUGUACAGGGCCUUGGUGAGAUCACACCAGGAGUAUUGCGUACAGUUUUGGUCUCCUAAUCUGAGGAAUGACAUUCUUGCCAUAGAGGGAGUACAGAGAACGUUCACCAGACUGAUUGCUGGGAUGGCAGGACUUUCAUAUGAUGAAAGACUGGAUAGACUCGGCUUGUACUCGCUAGAAUUCAGAAGAUUGAGGAAGGGUCUUAUAGAACCGUACAAAAUUCUUAAGGGGUUGGACAGGCUAGAUGCAGGAAGAUUGUUCCCGAUGUUGGGGAAGUCAGAACAAGGGGACACAGUUUAAGGAUAAGGGGGAAGUCUUUUAGGACCGCGACGAGAAAAAACAUUUGUGGUGAAUCUCUGGAAUUCUCUGCCACAGAGGGUAGUCGAGGCCAGGUCAUUGGCUAUAUUUAAGAGGGAAUUAGAUGUGGCCCUUGUGGCUAAAGGGAUCACGGGGUAUGGAGAGAAGGGAGGUACAGGAUACGGAGUUAAAUGAUCAGCCAUGAUCAUAUUGAAUGGCGUUGCAUGCUCGAAGGGCCGAAUGGCCUACUCCUGCACCUAUUUUCUAUGUUUCUUUAUAACGGUUUCCUCCGCCAUAAACACACCCAAUAUGUGCAAGUAAUGUCCUGUUUGCCAGAUUGUUGACCCUCUGUUCCCCUCAUGCAGGGUUUAGGAGCCGUUGCUGUGGACGGAGAGACGGGGACGUGAGCGGUGGCCAGGGUGUCGGUGGGCCCCCUAUCUGCCCGGUGUGCGAGCUGAGCUUCGAUUGAGGACCAACAAGGAGAAGCGUUAUGAGUGUGACGUGUGUGGCAAGGCCUGGCGGUGCUUGAGCGAGCUGGAGGCCCACCGGCUGCUGCACACGGGAGAACGUCCCUUCAACUGCACGCGGCAAGAGCUAAUCUCACUACAAGUACCUGCAGGGGCACAACCGCGUGCACGCCAGCGAGAGGCCCUUCACCUGCCCCAACUGCGACACGAGCUUCAAGACGGCGAAUCACCUGAAGAUGGACCGGCAGGUGCACACGGGCGAGAAGCCCUAUGGCUGCCCCACCUGCGACAUGAGCUUUGUCCACUUGUCGUGGUUACGGAAUCACCUGCUGGUGCACAGCAGUGAGCGGCCCUUCACCUGCUCCGACUGCGGCAAAGGCUUCAAGUCGUCCAAUCACCUGAAGAGGCACGGGAGCCUGCACGCCAGCGAGCGCCCCUACACCUGCAGCGACUGCGGCAAAGGCUUUACCCAGUCCAAAGACCUGCAGUCCCAUCGGCGCCUCCACACCAGCAAGCGCCCCUACCGCUGUGAGCAGUGCGGCAAGGGCUUCACCCUCUCCAGUCACCUGCUAGUGCACCAGCGCACCCACACUGGGGAGCGGCCCUAUACAUGCGCCCAGUGCGGCAAGGGAUUCAUCCAGUCCCCUCACCUGCUGGAGCACCAGCGUACCCACACUGGCGAGCGCCCCUACACCUGCUCCCAGUGCGGCAAGAGCUUCACCCACUCAAGCACGCUGCUGUCCCACCAGCGCACACACACUGGGGAGCGCCCCUACACCUGUACCCAGUGCGACAAGCGCUUCACCCGGUCCAGUCAACUGGUGGAGCACCAGCGCAUCCACACCGCGGAGCGGCCCUACACCUGCGACCAAUGCGGCAAGAACUUCAACUUCUCCGGCAGCUUGCUGUCCCACCAGCGCACCCACACCGGCGAGCGCCCCUACGCCUGUGCCCAGUGCGGCAAGAGCUUCACCCAAGCCAGUCACCUGCUGAAGCACCAGCGCACCCACACUGGGGAGCGGCCCUACACCUGCACCCAAUGCGGCAAGGGCUUCAUCUGCUCCAACAGCCUGCUGGUGCACCAGCGCACCCACACCGGGGAGCGCCCCUACAUCUGCACCCAGUGCGGCAAGGGCUUCACCCGGUCUAGUCACCUGCUGGAGCACCAGCGCACCCACACCGGGGAGCGGCCCUACACCUGCACCCAGUGCGGCAAGGGCUUCAUGCGGUCCAGUCACCUGCUGGUGCACCAGCGCACCCACACCGGGGAGCGCCCAUUCACCUGCACCCAGUGCGGCAAGCGCUUCACCCGCUCCGGAACCCUGUUGGAUCACCAGCGCACUCACACCGGCGAGCACCUCUUCACCUGCACCCAGUGCGGCAAGGGCUUCACUCACUCAUCCAGGCUACUGUCCCACCAGCGGUUGCACACCGGCUCCCGUCCCAUCCCCAGCCCGGUGUGUGAAGAGCGCUCUGCCAUGGCCUCCCAUGCCCUGUCUCACCAGCGCGUGCACACCAGUGGCCAGCCCUACGACUGCCCGUACUGCAGUGAGGAGUUUGACAGCUUGCGGGGGUUGCGACAACACCGGCGGACCCACGCCGGCGAGCAACUGCUCCCACUGUGACAACUUAGAACGGGGGCUGCGGGAGAACCAGCGGAUACACACAGGAGACAGAUCCUUUGUGUGCGCUGGGUGUGGCAAGGGUCUCACCUGCUGGAGCACCCACGAGUCCACACUGGCCAGCGUCCCUUCACCUGCCCGAUCUGCGGCAAGGCCUUUGCCCGCUCCAGCCUGCUGGCACAACGCCACGUGGAUGGAUAGGCGCUGUUUAGAUAGAAACAAAAUGCUGGAAGGAAUGGGUAACGUUUCUGGGUCGAGACCCAUCUUCAAUGUCUACCCGAAAGGUCCCCCAUUCCUUGUCUCCAGAGAUGCUGCCUGUCCCGUCGUCUCCGCUCAUUCCAUGCUCUAGGCCCCCAUCCUCUCAUCGUCACCAUGGACGUCCAGUCACUCUACACCUCCAUCCCCCACCAGGAUGGUCUCAAAGCCCUCCAGUUCUUCCUCGACCAGAGAAGCAACCUAUACCCGUCCACUGAAACUCCUCCGCCUAGCGGAGCCGGUCCUUACCCUCAAUAACUUCUCGUUUGACUCCUCCCAUUUCCUCCAAACACAAGGCGUAGCUAUGGGCACGCGCAUGGGCCCCAGCUACGCCUGCCUCUUUGUCGGGUACGUCAAACAAUCCUUGUUCAAUAUGUACCAGGGCCCCAUCCCCGACCCCUACCUCUGCUGCAUCGACGAUUGCUUUGGUACCACCUCCUGCACCCACACACAGCUGACUGACUUUAUUCGCUUCACCACUAACUUCCAUCCGGCACUCAAAUACACUUGGACUAUUUCUGACACUUCCCGACCAAUCCUUGACCUCACUAUCUCCAUCGCAGGUGAUAGACUUCUGACCAACAUCCACUAUAAACCCAUGGCUAUCUAGACUACUCCUCUUCCCACCCUGCUUCCUGUAAGGACUCUAUCCCCUACUCCCAAUUCCUCCGUCUACGCCGCAUCUGCUCCCAGGAUGAGGUGUUCCACACCAGGGCAUCGGAAAUGUCCUCAUUCUUCAGGGAACGUGGGUUCCCCUCCCCUCCUAUAGAUGAGGCGCGCACCAGAGUCUCUUCCAUACCCCGUAACACUGCUCUCUCCCCAUCCCCCCCACUCGCAACAAGAGCAGAGUCCCCCAUGUCCUCACGUUUCACCCCACUAGCCGUCAUACACAACAAAUAGUCCUCCGUCAUUUUCGCCACGUGCAACGUGACCCCAUCACUCGCCACAUCUUGCCAUCUCCCCCCGUCUGCCUUCCGCAAAGACCGCUCCCUCCGUAACUCCCUUGUCAAUUCUUCCCUUCCCUCCCGUACCACCCCCUCCCCGGGCACUUUCCCAUGCAACCGCUACACUUGUCACUUUACCUCCCCCGUCGACUGCAUUCAAGGACCCAAGCAGUCGUUCCAGGUGCGACAGAGGUUCACUUGCAUCUCCUCCAACCUCAUCUAUUGCAUCCGCUGCUCUAGAUGUCAGCUGAUCUACAUCGGUGAGACCAAGCGUAGGCUUGGCGAUCGUUUCGCCGAACACCUCCGCUCGGUCCGCAUUAUCCAACCUGACCUCCCGGUGGCUCAGCACUUCAACUCCCAUUCCGUAUCUGACCUCUCUGUCCGGGGCCUCCUCCAUGGCUAGAGUGAGGCCCACCGUAAAUUGGAGGAACAGCACCUCAUAUUCCCUUUGGGGAGUCUGCAUCCUGGUGGCAUGAACAUUGAAUUCUCACAGUUCUGUUAGCCCAUGCUGUCUCCACCCCUUCCCAGCUCUACCUCAGCCCUCGGGCUCCUCCUUUUUCCUUUCUUCUCCCCGCCCCCACCCCCCAUCAGUCUGAAGAAGGGUUUCGGCCCGAAACGUUGCCUAUCUCCUUCGGUCCAUAGAUUCUGCUGCACCCGCUGAGUUUCUCCACCAUUUUUGUGUACCUUCGAUUUUCCAGCAUCUUCAGUUCCUUCUUAAACAACAUGCUGCCUGUCCCGCUGAGUUGCUCCAGCACUCUGAAAUGUCACCCAGGGCCGGCCUUAGGAGAUGCGGGGCCCAAUUGGGAAAUGUUUUCGUAUACAUAUAUAAAUAAAUAACUAUGAUUGAGUCACGUGUUGUGAGUAACAUAACAAUUCGGGGAAGAGUUCCUUUCACAGCAUGUGGGGAAUCUAGCCAGGGGUAAAGUUGCGAGGAGGGAAAGAGCGAUGAGAAGGAGGGGUUAGGGUUCAUGUCUGUAACACUCACUCACCGCUGCCCCGGCGCUCCGGGCGCUACUGCAUUGUGGCCGGGGAGGGAAGCAGCUCGCCUGGCUACGAGUGGCUUCCAUCACCGGACAGCGGAACCGACUGCCAUCUCAGCUUCUGCCGGCCCGCUCACAUCUGGCAGAGUUCUCCGUCUGAACAGUGAGGGGACCAGCUCACGAGCAAAGAUCAUAGAGCGGGUGAUGGAUAACAUCACAGCGGGCGGUGGAGCUUAGUCAUGUGUCAGCGCGAACAAGGGAUCAAUUGACGUUACGCGUAGCGACUGGAGAAAAGACCCUUCUUUAGACUGAACUGAACCCUUGUCGGUGAGAGUGUGAUUGUCUGAAGAAGGGUCUCGAUCAGAACCACAACGCUAUCUCCAAAGCCCCUGCCCGUCCCGCUGAGCCACCACAGACACGGAGUUCAAGGUAGACACGGGGAUCCACCUUCAACUUCAGAGCCAAACAAAAAACAGAGUGCUGGAGGAACUCAGCGGGCAAGGCAGCACCCGCGGAGGGAACACAUGACUUAUCAGGAGCAGCCACGGGCCAGGGCUCUUCUCCCCCCCCCCCCCCCCCCCCC